AUGGCAUAUUCACUCAAAGCGCCAAGCUCCGUCAGGGCAAAGCUGCGUCUUUCCAACCCCUGGACACAAAACUUCAUCUCGGGCGUUAUUCUCUUCCUGACCGUCGGCAUUUAUCUUGCCGUUAUUGGAUUGGGUGCGGGCGGAGGUAAGCCCUCCUCAGCCCAUGUUUCGACAAUCGUGUAUACUUCCAUUUACGCUGUCUUUUCUGUGACGGGCUUUUUUGGAGGGAGUGUCAUGAACACCAUUGGCCCGAAAUUAACCAUGACGUUCGGCGCCAUGACAUUUCCUCUCUUUAUCGGUGGUUUAUGGUACUACGACGCGUCUGGUAACUCUUGGUUUGCCAUUCUUGGUGGCAUAGUUGGCGGAAUGUCGGCAGGGCUGUUGUGGACCGUCUCUGGGUUCAUCCAGUUCGCAUACGCUGAAGAAAACGACAAGGGAGUCUAUAUCGCAUGGCAGCUGUUUCUUCUCACCAUUGGCUCAACAGUCGGUGCCGCAGUCGUGUUUGGCAUUACAUUUUACGAUACUUCGCUGAGUGGUGUUCCAACCUCGGUUUAUAUCACCUUUAUUGUCAUCAUGGCUUCAGCAACACUUGUCAGCAUCGUCGGCAUCAUACCCUCCCAGAACGUGGUCAGAGAGGACGGUACGCGUCUAGCUGUGUUUACUGCCUCUGACUUUCGAACCGAAUUUAAAGGCUGUGUUCAUCUUCUUAGAGACUGGAGAAUUGUGGCAUUGAUCAUUCCAAUGGCUGCUACGGAAAUGUCAUCGGCGCUCAUCCCGACUCUCAGCGCCUAUUCAUUCAACCUGCGCACCCGGAGCCUAAACAGCGUCCUAUUUUGGGCUGUUCAAAUCCCAGCAACAUUCUUGUUCAGCAUCAUACUCGACAAUAGCAAGUUUCGCCGGAGAACGAGGGGGGUCAUUGCCCUGACUGUCUCCCUGAUUAUUGUGUUGGCAAGCUGGGCUCUUACAAUUGCUGUACAGGUCAAGCACGGCCUCAAACGCGGCGCGCCGAGUCCCGCGUGGGACUGGACGGAUGGCGAGCCCUUUGUCGAGUUUGUCUUUGUCAUUCUGCUUACCGGUACCGCAUACGCCAUCGACCAGAUGAUGGUCAUGUGGGUCAUAGCCUCCUUCAGCAACGAACCGAGGCUGCUCGCGAGAUAUGGAGGGUUUUUCAAGGGUAUGCUGAGCGCUGGUCUUUGUGUAGCCUUUGGGCUCGAAGCAGGUGGAGUGUCCUAUCUCACCCAAACGAUCACGCAGGCGACACUCAUGGUGGUGUCUUUUCCGAUCAUGUUCAUUUUGGUGUCCAAGUGUGUGAUGGAUACAAACUACCUACACGAGGCGACAGUUAUUCCCCCAGCACAUAUUAGUGGAGGCAAGGAGGUGCGAGAAGGCGAAACACAAGAUACAUAG